AUGAUGGAAGUGAUUAGCAACGUGCCAAGUUUUGUGACGACAGAGAUGAAUGAAGGGUUAGUGGCUGAGAUUUCUGAAGAGGAGGUAUGGAAUGCUCUUUCACAAAUGAAACCAACGAAGGCGCCUGGACCAGACGGCUUUGCACCAUGUUUCUAUCAGCGAUUUUGGUCUAUUGUUGGUAGUGAUGUAGUGCAGGCUGUUAGGGCUUUCUUGGAAUCGAAGGAGCGGUUAAGAGAAAUAAACUACACUCAUGUUUUAGCCAACAAAAUGAAGCCUAUUCUGGAGGGUAUAAUAUCAGAGAGCCAGAGUGCCUUUGUCCCUGGUCGACAUAUCUUAGACAACUCGAUAAUUGUUUUUGAGGUUUCACAUUACUUGAAGUGGUUGUAUGGGAGUGGAGAUGGUUAUACUGCGCAUAAGCUCGAUAUGAGCAAAGCAUAUGACAAAGUAGAGUGGAGUUUUUUGGAAGGGAUUAUGAGACAGAUGGGUUUUGACAGGAGGACUGAGAUGGUACUAAGGUGUGUUCGAACAGUGUCUUAUUCAUUUGUAGUUAAUGGGGAGGUCAAAGGAAUGAUACAACCAUAA